AUGACUGCGGAAGCUGGAUCGUCCGCGACGUACAAUGCUGGCUGCCACUGCGGCCACAUCACGUUUUCUGUGACUCUAUCGCCUCCACUGCCCGAGCAACAGGUGUUCAAUUGCAACUGCUCCAUCUGUCGCAGUGCUGGAUACCUCAUCGUGUAUCUGGAGAAAGACGAGGUCGAGUGGCACAAUGAUUCUAGGCCAAAGUGCAUGAACUACCAGUUCAACACCAAGAAGAAGGACCAGAUGUUUUGUCCGAAAUGUGGCGUAAGCAUUGGCAUCGACUUUCGAAGACCCAAGACCGAAGAUCCAAAGGGGAAGAAGGCAUACGGAAUCAGUGUCCGCACUUUCUACGGCAUCGAUUUGGACACCUUGAACUACCAAAAACUCGACGGACUCAAUCAAUGCGCCGAUAGCAGCCUCGACUUUGUUAGCUUCAACAGCCCAGAUCUUGACCUUGAUCCUGAUCGCGGCAGCCCCGCGGUCAGACACAACGACGUCAUCGUCGACGGAGCUUGA